AUGGCAGCGAUGCGCGCCUUGAGCAGGCAGUUCCUUCAAACACCACGCACCCUGGCACGGCAUGCACCUGCUGCAUCCUUUGCGAGUGCACAAUUCAAGGUUUGCAUCAACGGAGGUGCAGGAGGGAUCGGGCAACCAUUGAGCAUGCUAAUGUCUAUGAACGAUUCGGUGAAGGAGGUUUCCAUCCAGGAUGUGACAAUGGCAGCUGUUCCUCCUGCAGGAGUUGCUGCAGACCUUGGACAUCUCGAGUAUCCCAGCAAGGUGGUUGGCUACGCCACCGAUCCCUCGAAACCCGCUGUGGAUCAGCUGGAAGAGUGCCUCACAGGCUGCCACCUGGUCCUCGUCCCUGCCGGCGUGCCGAGAAAGCCCGGCAUGACUAGAGACGACCUCUUCAACGUGAAUGCCGGCAUUGCCAAGGGUGUUGUUGAAGCCUGUGCGAAGUAUUGCCCAGAUGCGGUCAUUGGCCUCAUCGUGAAUCCAGUAAACUCUAUCGUGCCUGCAAUGGCCGAAUUCUACAAGAAGAAAGGCCUGGACCCGCUGAAGAUUGUGGGUGUCACUUCCCUGGACAUCGUCCGAGCCAACAAAUUCGUCGCCGGGCUGACUGGCAAGUCGCCCGGGGAGAUCGAGGUUCCGGUCAUCGGCGGCCAUGCCGGCGUGACGAUCAUGCCAGUCUUUUCGCAGGACCCCACUGCCGCGACCAUUUCAGCGGACAAGAUUCCGGCUUUGGACAAGCGCACGCAAGAUGGCGGCACCGAGGUCGUCGAGGCCAAAGCUGGCAAGGGCAGUGCGACGCUGUCCAUGGCCUACUCGGGCGCACGUUUCGGGAACAAGGUUCUGAAAGGAUUGGCUGGCACUCCGACUGAUGAGUGUGCCUACGUGGCUUCCACUGUUACGGAACUUCCCUACUUCUCAUCGAAGGUGACUUUCGGAACCAAGGGAGUUGAGAAGAUCCACGGCAUCGGCACUCUGAACAGCUACGAGCAGGGCCGACUAAAGGAGGCAAUGGACCAGCUCAAAACGGAGAUUGACAAGGGUCUGGAGUAUGCCAAGGCUAAUUUCUAA